AUGUCUGAGAAAAAGAGACUAUCAGUAAAGAAAAAUAAAGAAAGUCAAAGAAAAGCUAUUUUGAAAUAUUUUCGUGCAGAAACACAUUCUACAGGUACUGAUUCUGCUACUGAAAGCGAUAGCGGUGUGAGUAAAAAAUCUAAAGUGAUAGUUGACGAUAAAACUGUUAAUAAUGCUAAUAUUUCAAAUCAACAAAAUGAAGUUGUAAAUAUCAAUGAAAACCAAAUUUAUCUACCUGAAGCAACUCCUGCUGUUAAUAUUUCAAGACAAAUUGAAACUGAAACUCAAAUUAGCAUAUUAUCAUCUGCUAUAGUGGCCCUCAAAAGUAGUUUGCCGGCCUUAGAAGGUUCAGGUUUAAACGAUUGGAAGAAUAUUAUAGCACUUCUUUCUUCUCAUGAAAAAAGUAAUUCACAUCUCGUAAAUUUUCAAAUGUGGAAAGAACUUCAUAUACGUUUAUCUUCAGAAAAAAUCAUUGAUCAUAUUAACCAACAAAAAAUUAAUGAAAAAGAACAAUAUUGGCAACGAGUUUUAGAAAGAUUAAUUGCCUUAGUCAGAGUACUGGCUGCGCAAAACUUGGCAUUUUGUGGAACAAAUGAAAAGCUUUACAAUAACGCCAAUGAAUCACCAACAUCGCAUGAUGGGGAUUUAGUUAAAAUUAAAGAACAUUUCUUAGGAUUCAUACCUGUGGAGAAAUCUACAGGUGGUUUUUUGGCAAAAACAUUAAUUGAACAAUUGGAAAAUUUUAAUUUACCAAUUGAAAAUCUCCGUGGACAAGGAUACGAUAACGGAAGCAACAUGAAGGGUAAGGAGAAAGGGAUUUAUAGUUAUUUUUCGGGAUCACCUUCUCGUUGGCAAGUUUUUCGUAGCUAUUUUCCAGAUUUUACUGUCAAGUCAUUAAAUGAUACAAGAUGGGAAAGCCGCAUUAAUGCUUUAAAACCAUUACGAUACAAUCUCGGAAAAAUUUACAAUGCUUUAAUGCAAAUAUUUGAGGAUCCAAGAUUACAAACUACAUCAGUAGGAAAUUCUUCCCGAAAUGAGGCUAAAUGGCUUGCAAAUUCUAUUUGCAUAUUCAAGUUCAUGGUUACCCUUGUUUCAUGGUACGACAUUCUUUUUGAAGUUAAUAUUUCUAAUAAAAUAUUACAAAAUAAGAAAGUUGAUUUGAAUGUAGCUACACAACAAUUAAAUGUUACUAAAAACAAACUUGUAAAAAUGAGAAAUGAUGAAGGUUUUCAAAGAAUUAUUGUUGAUGCUGCUGAAAUUGCAAAAGAAUUGGAAACAGUAACAAAUUUUGAAGAAAAACAUGUCGGGAGAAGGAGAAAAAAGCGACAGUUCGAUUAUGAAACACAAGAUAAAACGUUGCAAGAUCCAAAAGAAAAAUUUAAAGUUGAAUUUUAUUUUAAAAUUUUAGACACUGCUAUACAGUCUAUUGCGGAAAGGUUUGAACAAAUGCGACAGUAUAAUAGUAUGUUUGGCUUCCUUUAUGAUAUUUAUUCUAUAAGUUCAAAAUCUUCAGCAGAAUUAUUGAAAAAUUGUAGAAAUCUAGAAGAAAUUUUAACUCAUGGUUCUCAAAAAGAUAUUAGUGCAGCGGAUCUUUGUAAUGAAAUCAAAGUACUUUCUGGAAGUACUUUCCCACAACAAAUGAUACCACAUGAAGUACUAACUUUUAUAGUUGAACAACGUUUAAUUGACUGUCUACCAAAUAUAUGUGGGAUUAUCAAUAAUUUCGAUAGAACACGAAGAAUCAUCAAUAUUAAAUUUGAAAGAAAUUAUUAUUACUUAUAG